UUGGUAGAUGUUUUUACUUCGCUGUCCUUUGGGUUUGAGCUGAGAUCCUCUCUUUCUCUUUUACUUGCAUUUUAAAAAAAUUUGAGUGGCCAGGCCAAUAGAUUCUCAGGGUUCCUGGUGUAUUAACGGCCCUCCGGUUUCAGGAUUUUUUGAGUUUGUUUUUUCCUGAGUCCUAUUGAGUUUUUCCCUUUUUAUAGUCCAUGGGGUUUGCUAUGCUCCUGGUUCUGUGCUCAAGAUUGGCCUCAGGUGGCUCCAACUUUAGGAGGUUAUGCUAAUUAAACAGCAAGCAGCCAAUACUUCUCUCAGUGGGAACAACCAGGGAGUGGCCCGAGUGGCCAGAGCUGCCGGGGCCCAAGGCCCUCAGUAACCACACUCCCUGGUGUGUCCACUUUCCUCAUUGUUCCUCUCCUAUUGCUGCAGCCCAGGACAGAGCAGAUGUCCAGUAUGAAUUUCUUGGGCCUCCAAAAUCCAUUGUUCGUCAGCAGUGGGGCUCGAUCUCCUGCCCUCAUGCGCAGAGCCUGCAGACUCCACAGUGUCCACUCUGGCAUGGGGGGGGGGGCCUCUGGAGCCCAGGCUGCAGCAGACACCGCCCUUCGACUGGACGAUUCCAGUGGUGUCUUUGGAGACGCAGGUGUUUGCUAAUCAUACUCCUAGGGGUUGACUGGUUUAUUCCCCGCUCUAUGCUCUGUUCCUGUCCGCAGGUCUGUGGAGGGGGAGGAGACCGAGGUUAGGGGACUGCAACACCGUGCUUCCUAGUGUUCUCAGGCUAUUCUGCUUCACUUCCAUUCCUAACUGUUUUGGCUGCUUUCAACUUUGAUUCUGUGGAGGUACUUUGGGAAUUAAGAAGGCAAGAAAACAUCCUGCCUUGCCGUCAUCCCACGAUGCAUCUCUCGCCAGGUCUCCUUAGUUCUCUAAACCCAUUUAUUUAUCCAGGCAGCUUCCAAACCUUUCCUUGCGCCCCUUCAUACUAGUUCAGGAAAAUGCCCCAGACACGGCUCCUCUAGGUCUUGCAGCCGCUUGCUCCUUGGUUUCUCUGCCUCAGCUGUGCCCAGCCCAUUCGACACACGCUGCGGGUCACUUUUGAAGGGCAAAGUCGCUCUGUGACCGUCUCUACUUAGACCACGCUUGUCAUUUUCUCUAGCGUACGAGGCAAACUUCUUUGUACGGUCCAGAGAAAUGAGGAGUCAAAGACGAUGCUGAGAGCAGCAGUGACGGCAGAAGUAGGCAACUUCCGUUUGGGACCCGUGGAGCUAUCACAGCGUCUCAAGGGCAGUGUGGAUGUCCGAGACUGGACGGCCCAGAGACGGAUGGAGAUGCCCCAGUACGCGGAACAGAACGUGCCCAGCCCUGGUUAGUGUCGCACCAUGACGGACUGCGUAGAGACAGAGGAGGAGUCACUUAUGUGCCAAGCACAGUGCUAACUGGUUUACAAAUGGGACCCUCCUCUGGCGCUGUUCCUGUUCUUUUUACAGCUGGGGAAAAUGAGGCAGACAAGGCUCUGUCUGGAGUCCCGAGGCUAGUGCCGGAGUUUGGAUUUGGGUUUACUGAUCCAGCACUGGCUGCAUCCACUGUUCCUCUUAGCCGUCUCUAGAAGAACAGGAAUUCUAGAGGGACGGUCAGUGCUGGCGACUGCAGGCAGCACGAAGGUCAAGCCUGACUGCUGGGGCCACAUCUGGCUAGAGCCCCAAAGGUGCAGAGCCCAACGUGGAGCAGGCGUUCCCAUGAAAUGAACAAAAGUGAUUUGUGCUUCUCCCGACUGAAAUAUUCCACUUUGAGACCAACACCCAAAGCUGGCAAACGCCCUCUUCCAGUCCGCUCCGAGCAUGCUCAGUAGUGCCUGUCCGGGUAAGGGGUUUUUCUUCUUCGAAAUGUAAACGGCUAAAGCUGAUUCCUGGCCGAAUCGCCAGGAGAGAAGUGGACGAAUAGGAAAAGGAGGACUCUGGGCCCUGCCGUGUUUCCUGGACUUUGGCCACUCCGGGCCGCCUCGGCUUUCCACGUCUGGUGAGCCUUUUACCAGCCUGGCUAAUCCCAUGUAACUCACUUACAACUCCCACUUGGCCUUUGCGGCGGGCUCUGAGCAUGCUCAGUUCGCCGAGCGCGCCGCGCUCCUUGGGAGGUGGUUUCGAGAACCCGCCUGGGCGUAGAAGCUGGGUAGCUGCCGCCGGGGUGGGAGCCGGCUCGGGCUCUGAGGGACGAUUGGCGCCAUGACAGAUGAGAUUAGCAAAGCCCAGACUGCCCAGCCUGGCGGAGACACCAUCUUCGGGAAGAUCAUUCGUAAGGAAAUCCCGGCCAAAAUCAUUUUUGAGGAUGACCAGUGUCUCGCUUUCCAUGAUGUUUGCCCACAAGCCCCAACUCAUUUCCUGGUGAUACCUAAGAAGCCGAUUACCCAGAUAUCUGUAGCAGAAGAAGAUGAUGAAAAUCUCCUCGGACACUUAAUGAUUGUCGGGAAGAAAUGUGCAGCCGACUUGGGACUGAAGAAAGGAUACCGGAUGGUCAUCAAUGAAGGUCCUGAUGGGGGGCAGUCUGUCUAUCAUAUCCAUCUGCAUGUCCUUGGCGGGCGUCAAAUGAAAUGGCCUCCUGGGUAAAUUGUUGGAAUGUGGGCAGUCGGGCAGGUUUAUAGCAUAUGUUAAGCUGAGUAUAAAGUUUUCUGUUCAAUAAGAAAUUGGGAAAUCAUUUCAAAAGGUACACAAUAAAAGAUCUGUUUUCCAUGCUUCUGAA